AUGCUGCGGUUGGAUGGGUUUCAUGGCGGAGGCGGUAGAGCUGCACUUGGUGUGGCGUCUCAUGCGGAAUCGGAAUCCUGGGUUGCAGAAUCUCUCGUGUCCAUCAAUCAGGUGACGGCCGGAAUCGGAUCAUUCACCCCUCCAGCCCGGCUGACUAACAAAGGGCGUGCGCACCGCAACGGCGGAAAAAUAAAAAACCUGGACCCACCGUCGCCCACGCAUCCCGUAUGUACCCACGGCCCACGACCAAAAACCUGCCGCUUGGGAUCCGCCGUGAAGCAAAGUGGCAAGCGGGAAGACGGACGACAAGCUACCCAUCCCUCGGAGCGGAACCGCCUUCGUCGUCCGGCACGGAAACGACUCACCACCACUCUCUCGCAGGGGGACAUGAGCCGCCAGGUCUGCCGUGUCGAAGCCUUCCCUGUCGCAUCUCCCCCCGUCUUCUGCCCAGGCGUCUCCUGCGUCGGGGACUCUCCCCAGACCCGCCCAGCCGUUUCGUCGUGGGCGCAGCAGCAUCAAUCACCAUUGUGGCCCGAGAGCGAGCGCGCGAGAGUGAAGGGGCCCUCUGAGCCGAAGCGGUCUACACGUCGGUUCACCUGA